AUGGCAGCAGUUCCUGCUAUUUUAGAUCGUGUUCGGGAUGGAGUUCUGAAACAAGUUAAGGCAAAAGGAGGUUCAGAGAAGAAACUUUUCAGCACUGGAUAUAAGCAACGAUUGACAGCUGUAGAAGGAGUUUGGUUUGGAGCAAUGGGUGCUGGUGGUGGCCAUGCUCCAGAUAUCAUCAAAAUGUGUGGUGUGAAAAAUGUUCUACCCUCAUCCACAAACCCAACACGGCCUUUCACUUUCAAAACCAUAGAUGAGCACCUUGACAUGCUGAUGGACUGCCAUCACCUUGAUAAGGAUAUUCCAGAAGAUGUAGCCUUUGCUGAAUCGCGAAUAAGAUCCGAAGCAAUUGCUGCUGAAGACAUUCUGUAUGAUAUGGGGGUAAUUGGCAUUAUAGCUUCUGAUUCACAGGCAAUGGGUCGCAUCGGAGAGGUGAUAAUUAGAACCUGGCAAACUGCUCACAAGAUGAAGUUACAAAGAGGGUCGAUUGAGGCUAGUGGAGUGGAUAACGACAACCUCCGAAUUAAACGAUGCAUUGCAAAAUAUGCUAUAAAUCAUGCAAGGGCUAACGGGUUUUCACGAUUUGUCGUCUCCAUUGAGGUGGGGAAGGUAGCUGAUCUUGUUCUCUGGAACCCAUAUUUCUUUGGGGCAAAACUAGAAAUAGUGAUAAAAGGUGGUGUAAUUGCAUGGGCUGACAUGGGCGAUCUAAGUGCUAGCAUCCCUACACCUGAACCCCACUCUACUGCUUUUGUCAGCAAGGUUGCUGCAGAAUGUGGAAUAAAAACUCAUUAUAGACUCACAUAG